UAGCCCUCUCUGUGUUACAACUCUGUCUUUAUUCAUUCGCAAGUAUUUGUUGAACACUUUUUAUUUACGAGGCAAAGUCCUGGGUUCUAGGCAUACAUGGUUGAAAAGGUACACGUAAUCUAGCAUUGUCACGUUGCUUUGAAAUUCAGUGGCUGUGUGUCUCACACUCCACCCUCUCGCUCAGUCGCAAUGAAUACUUGUUACACUGAAGGCAGGAAUGAAGUCUUCAUAUUUCUAUGCCCAGGAACUGAACUGGAAUCUGAUGACACUUGUUUCACGACUCCUCCUUACACUGCCACCACCUGAAUAAGGCAACUGCCCUGUGCCCAGAUGCUGACUGUGCUUUCUGAUGUAGCAAAUAGACGUUUUCAAGCACAGUCUCGGGAGGUGGAAAGGUCAGUCCUUUGGCCCCUGAAACUCCAAUGAGUCAAUGUUUAAUGCAGCCACGAGUCUAGUCACAAGUAGGAUUGUUUUUGACUGGUCCUUUGACUCACCGACCAUUCCUGGCAUUCAUUUGCGUUGUGAGCUAUGAUUCUGUUUCUCCUGGUGUAGUCUGGGUAUAGUGUGGAAGCCCCGAUUUAAUAAUUUCCGACCUCAUUAAGUGCCAGGUCACAUUCCAAUCUCCACGGCUUCAUUCAGGAACUCCUUCCCCCGCCCUCUUCUUUGAGCAUAUAUGCUACCUCACUCGCUCUACAGGUAGCAAGACCCGUUGUCCUUUAGGAAUACGGAGGUUUACAUCUUCGUUCUGAGGGUGGGGAAAAAAAAUUGUUAUCACUUUAAAAGUGUUCGCGCUUGCUAAGGUGCUAAGGCAGAAGCAGAGCUCGAAGCGUCGCGAGAACUGGAACCACGCGCAACUUCUCGCGAUGUUUGGCCCCGCUAAAGGUCGCCAUUUUGGAGUCCACCCGGCUCCUGGUUGUCCCGGCGGCGACUCUCAACCUGCUGCCGGGACCAAAGCUGGCCCCGAGGGUGUCUGGCCUGUGGGCAGCCGGACCGACACGAUGUGGCGGCUCCGCUGCAAGGCCAAGGACGGCACCCAUGUUUUGCAGGGGCUGUCCAGCCGGACCAGGGUGUGGGAACUCCAGGGCCAAAUUGCCGCCAUCACCGGGAUCGCCCCCGGCGGUCAGCGAAUCCUCGUCGGAUACCCUCCCGAGUGCCUGGAUCUCAGCAAUGGGGAUACCAUUCUGGAGGACUUGCCCAUCCAAUCUGGUGACAUGCUGAUCGUUGAAGAAGACCAAACCAGGCCCAAAAGUUCACCUUCACUUACUAAACAUGGUGCUUCUAGUUACGUCAGGGAAACUUUGCCUGUGCUUGCCAGAACCGUGGUCCCAGCAGACAACUCUUGCCUCUUUACCAGUGUGUACUAUGUCGUUGAAGGAGGAGUCUUGAAUCCAGCUUGUGCUCCUGAGAUGAGACGCCUCAUAGCACAAAUUGUAGCAAGUGAUCCAGACUUCUAUAGUGAGGCAAUACUGGGAAAAACAAAUCAAGAGUACUGUGACUGGAUCAAAAGGGAUGACACUUGGGGAGGAGCAAUAGAGAUAUCGAUUUUGUCCAAGUUUUACCAAUGUGAAAUAUGUGUAGUGGAUACACAGACAGUAAGAAUUGAUCGUUUUGGGGAAGAUGCAGGAUAUACCAAAAGGGUUCUGCUUAUUUAUGACGGCAUCCACUAUGAUCCACUUCAGCGGAACUUCCCCGAUCCAGACACACCUCCUCUGACCAUUUUCUCCUCUAAUGAUGAUAUCGUUCUCGUACAAGCACUGGAACUAGCAGAUGAAGCUAGGAAAAGGAGACAGUUUACUGAUGUCAACCGCUUCACCCUGAGAUGCAUGGUAUGUCAGAAAGGAUUAACUGGACAAGCAGAAGCAAGGGAACAUGCCAAGGAGACAGGCCAUACCAACUUUGGAGAAGUGUGAUCUCUGCAUGAAUGAGGGUUGAAGCCUACUACCUCACAGAUCCAGAAGGCUCUGGGUUUUCCAAUAAGCUAUUGUAACCCUAAAGAACAAAAGGACACAAUGCUUGAACCAUCCUUUUAACUUAAAACCACUAAGACACUGAAAUUCCUUGUUAAGAUUAAAAUUAGUGUGCAAGUUUACAGAUGUGUGUCUACAAUGGUAGACUGUACAUACAUGCCUCUUUCUGCUGGAGUGACAGAGGUGAUCCUUGCCACCUACUGACACUGACCUGAAGAUUGAGAUUUAGUAUUAUAAACUAGCACCCAGCAGCUUUAACUUUUAGAAGAAAACAUCACAUUCUGGGUAAUGUGGAAGGCCUGUGAGGCCACUGGACAUUUACCAGUGUCUCCAGUAACUGAGUCGUUUUAAAAACUGAAUGAGUUAAGUUUCUAAAUUAUGAAUUGAUUCAUCAAAUGAAGAUACUCAGAAUUGUCCAAACUGAUUUUAUAUUGCAAUUUGGUAGACUUUAUAAAUGUGUGCUUAACCACUGAUAAGUACAUCACAAGCAAUUUUUACAGGGAUGAGUUUCCCUUGAGAAUGUUAUCACAAAACAGGAACUGAUUGUGCCCUGUUUAAGAUAUCUAGUGUAUAAAAAGUAGAAUGUAUGAGGGAAAAGGUGCCUGAGCAGCUUACUGAAGCUUUAAAAAGACCGUUGGCCUCGUGUUUUAACGCAAUUCUUGUAUUGGUUGUCACAUUGGAUAACAUUUUGAAGUUAAGCAGGGUAUUUUUUUAAUUGAAAUUCCUUGAAAUUUGAGUGCUCAGUUUUCCCUUCAUUUGCAUAAAGAUUUGUCUGGAGGGAUUUAGUUUUCUCAGCCUUGUGUUAAGAGCACUUUAUCCAAAUUUUUUUUUUUUCAACUAAAGUAAUAAUGCUCUGCUUUGGGUUGGUUUUUGUAAGAUUUUUUUUGCAUACCUACACAGUGUUUGCUUUUGUGCUGGCCUUAUCCCUCCACUAAUGUGAUUUUAAAGAAUUCCACAUUUCUGCAAAUUAGCACUUUGCUUAUCUGCAAUCUUUUACUUUGAUUUUUGAAGUAAUUGGAGUAAUGCUGUUGAAUGAAUUUGUUUCACUUCCAAAAUAGGAAUAUGUUUAAAUCCUUGCCUUAUGCAGCUUUCUCGGAAUUCUGCUUCUUCCUAAUACUAGAUGUGUAGCCAUUUGCUUGGUGGACUAAUCCGCAAGGCACACCCUCUAAAACUUAGCUUCACUACAAGAUCUUCCAGAUAAAGUUUUCUACCUCUUUUCUUAAUUAUUCUGAUCAGGGAUGCUAAAUUAUCAUAUGUUAUGUAUUAUCUCACAUAAUGUGAAGAGGCUUAAUGUUGUGAAGUUUGAUUGUUUUGGUCUUAUUUUUUAUUAAGUAUCUCAGAGUAUCAAUGGUAUACUUUAAAGCACUUAGUUCUUUUUCAGCCUAUCUUCCUGGCAGAUGUUUUAAAAUUGACCUUUACUUUUAGCACUUCACUUGGUGAAGGUGGCCAUAUAAAAUUAAGGAACGUUUGAGCAAUAUAGGAAAAAAGUACUUUUAAGGAACAAUUCACAAAAUAUGUUUGAAAUCAUCAGAUGACAUUUCUUGAAUAUCUUUUGUGUGCAUAGUUAUUUUAGACAGUAUAAGCUAUUAUGGUUAGUAUAACUUAACAGUGUUUAGUUUUCUAUUUUACUGAGCCUUAAAAAUAGCACUUGUGAGCUUACAAUACUUAAUGUUUGGCAAUCAUGUUCAAAUUAAUAGGAUUGAAAAUAUCUGGUCUGGAUGGUUUUGGUUUUGCAUCUUUCUUAUUUCUCCCAGAAAAUAUUAAAUUUAAAACUGUAAAUUAAGACUAUACCACUAGACAGCAACCAUCAGUUUGAGCUUUAUGCAUCAUUACUCAUAAAUCUUGCCUUCCAUUGCUACUUUAGGAGACAAAUUUGACAUUUGCUUAAUGCAGCUUUAGAUCUACAAGUUUAUUCAUGCAACAAAUAUUUAUUGAGUAAUUUAUACUGUGCCAGGCAUGUUUUGAUAUGUUUGUGUCCUAUGUUUUGAUAUGUUCCAACAUAAAUUUCUGUCACUUUAAAAUUCAGUAUAUAUCGUCUAUGGUGGGUAAAUUUAACAAAUGAAAAGGAAUAGAACACUGAUAUUUUACAGAAUUAAACCCAUUCAUUGUAAGUGCUUUGUUUACAUAUUAAGUGUCAAGUAUUUAUUCAGGAGCUCUUAUUUCAUUCUGUUUUAUCUGUUAUCGAGGUUGUCCAUUUACCAGUUGGACACGGAUACUAAGUCAAAUUCCUUUUAAAAAUUACUCUAAUCAUCUGCUGAAAUUCAGCACUCGUACUUUAGUGUUAUGAUCAUGGAAAAAUUCAAGAUGAAGGUUUAUUUACAGGCCAUGUGACUGAAUUAUUGAGGAUUAAAAACCUAAACCUUUGCUCAUUCUAAACUCAAGCUUGUAAGCCCCAGAAUUUGCAUGAUUUUUUUAAAACUGUGCUUAUUAAACUCUUGAAAUUUAUUAAUGGGAGUAAAUUCUCAUCUUGGGAAUUUUGAAAAUCUAUGGAUUUAAAACUUUCAGGAGGAUUAAAUGUCUUAAGUUUUGUACUAGAGCAGAAUGAAAUUCUUCUUCCUAUUCAUUCAGUGUUUGCCUGCCAUACAGGAUUUUUUUUUUUUUUUUUUAAUGAGGACAGUUUACAUUAGUGACAAAGUGAAUAAAGACCUAACUUUCUCACUCCACCUUUCUGUUAAUUCUUCUUUGGAUUAAAGGUCAGGUGUAGUGCUUUGAAGAUUCACUCCUGUAUGAAGUGAUUUCAGAAGUUAAAAUUAGUAUCUCUGGAAAUUUUGCAAUGUGUUAGCCAAGUGAAGACAUUAGUGUGUUACUUCUUUUGCUAAUGGAUCAUGGUUGAUUUCUUAAUUGUUUUCCAUGAAAUUAGCAUAGUCAAGUGAUGCCCUGGAAGCUUGACUGCUGGUCAGUUUGACCCUGUUAUUAACAACUAAUGUAGUCAUGCCACUUGAUUAUUCCAUGAAGUUCCAGUAAAAUAAUAAUCAGGAAUUAACAUUAUGUUAUCUACCUAUCUUAUUUGUCUGUGUCCCUAAAUGCCCAUGUAUCACUUACUUCUCUAGUUUAUUCCUUUGUAGGAAUUAAAAUGUGAGUGUUGCAAGUUGCCCUAGCUAAACAUGGUUUUCUUAUGUCUUUUUGGAAAAAAAAAUUGGAAUGGGAAGUAUGCAAGAUUAAGCAACAGAGCAAUUUUUUUUAUGACAAAUCAGGUGGCCUUCCUAAACAUGUUAAGAAUUAUGUUCUUUCAUGUGUCAAGAUACAUUUAUUUUGUUUGCAGCACUUUAAAAAAAAGGUGAAAUAAAAGUUUACGUGUUGGCCCUCUAGGGAUCUAAUUAAGGACAUUAAAGUACGAUUCUUGAGCUACUAACCAUCAGCUCUUCUUAAUCAAAGAUUGCCAUCAGUGUAUAGUGUAUCUAAUGGACGACAUUCUGGUGUUUUGGUAACAGUAAAACUCAAUUUCAGUAACUAUUAGGAGCACAGUCUGUGCCCUAGUAUUAAAAAUGUUACUUAUUAUAAUGUGAAUAUCUUGUAUUAUUCAUUGUACAAUGCAGUAUUCAAAUUUGUCCUUGUAGUGCAAUGAUGACUGAUAAUUUCUAAAAGAUUAGGUCCUUAAAACUUGUUUGUUUCCUAGCAGACUUAUUUUAAGGAAGCUGAUUUUUGAGUCAGAGGCCUUAAAAGUGUCAUAUACAAGUGACAUCAUUUUAAGUCCAAAGUGAAACGCUUGGUUUGAAUAAGCUAGUUUAUUAAAUAAGAUGUUUUCUUAUGAAGUGUUAUAAUUUAUAUGUCAGCACAUUUUAUUCAACUUAAAAAUAUAAAAUGUUUCUGGUUGCGAGAGAGUGUUUAUUUUUCUCAGAAUUAGGUAGCAUUUUGCUUACAGUCCUUUGAAUAUUUGACUUAGAAUUAUUGAUGUUGAAUUGUAGGGUGCUGAUUUAAGUCCUGAUUCAUACACAUUUAAAGGAGGUUGGUAAGCCCCUCAUGGUAUUUUAGAGUGAAGGGAGGAAAGGGCCAAGAGGAUAAGGUAGCACUGAAAAUGAAGAGAUUGUCAAAUCAGAUGCAUUCCUAGUCACAAAAGAUGCUUUUGCAAACAUUUUUAAAGCAAUGCCUUUGUGUCACCUCAACCCUUCCCCAUUUCUUGGCAUAGAAUGUAGCAUGGCCAUAGGUGAAAAAGCUUGUCAUCAAAGUGUGAAAUCAUUAAUUAUAAGCAUUUUGCCAUGAUGCCCUUUUAUACUUACAUUUUAAAAAGUACUAACCAAGUUUAGGAAUAGUGAGAAUAUAAUUUGAUUAAGUUGUAGGUAAACAGAAAGGAUAAUCUUAGGCUCAGAAUUUCUGCCAUACAUGAGACUCACUAUAAACUGGUAUAGGCUAUGUAGCAUAGCCCAUAAGUUACUUAAAGGACCAGGGGACCUAAUUUUGUCAGUUUUCCAGUCACGUUGGUGCCAUUCAGGACUCAAGCUGUUUACAGGAAAUAUGUACUUAGCAAAGUAGUAUUUUUCCUUGAAAAAAUUUGAAUUCGGCUUAAAUACAGAAUAAAUAUGGAUAGCUUGUGAAAAGGAUUAGAGAAUAAUAUUCCUGUAGUUUCUGUAUUACUGCAGUAGAGACAGAGGUUCCUGAUGCAAAAAGAAAACCACAAGUGAAGACUGCCAAAUCAGAGCUUUAGAAUAUGACUUGAAAAAUUAGUAGGGAUGAGCAAAACAGCAUUAAAAAUACUUUUCUUAUUGAAGAUGGACAGUGCUUUCUUGUUUUAAAAUGUUUUGCCUAUUUGCCAGCAUUUUUUAACGUUAAUGCACUGCUGCUACCUGGAAGAUGUCUAAUUUCAUUUUCUACAACUCUUAUGUGAUUUUGCCAUUGUCAUUAAGAUGCAUUGAUUUUAUUUAUGAGAUGUAUGAUUUUAAAUAUAUAAAUGCUGUAUUAAAUGACUUGUUUCAAAAGAAUAAAUGAAGUGAAAAC